GUGCUUGCUGGGAUCAUGGCGGAGAAUCACUGCGAGCUGCUGCCGCCGGCCCCGGGCUGCUUCGGGGCGGGGCUGGGGGGCGGCCUGUGCCCCCGCUGCAGCGCGGGGCUCGGCGCGCUGGCCCAGCGGCCUGGCGGCGUGUCCAAGUGGGUCCGGCUGAAUGUCGGCGGCACCUACUUCCUCACCACCCGUCAGACGCUGUGCCGGGACCCGAAAUCCUUCCUGUACCGUCUGUGCCAGGCCGACCCCGACCUGGACUCGGACAAGGAUGAGACAGGUGCCUAUUUAAUCGACAGAGACCCCACCUACUUUGGGCCUGUGCUGAACUACCUGAGGCACGGAAAGCUGGUCAUUAACAAAGACCUCGCAGAGGAAGGAGUGUUGGAAGAAGCGGAGUUUUACAACAUCACCUCACUAAUAAAACUUGUAAAGGACAAAAUUAGAGAGCGAGACAGCAAAACAUCACAGGUGCCGGUGAAGCACGUGUAUCGUGUGCUUCAGUGUCAGGAAGAGGAGCUCACGCAGAUGGUGUCCACUAUGUCUGACGGCUGGAAGUUUGAGCAGCUGGUCAGCAUUGGCUCUUCCUACAACUACGGGAGUGAAGACCAGGCCGAGUUCCUCUGUGUGGUUUCCAAGGAGCUGCACAAUUCCCCAUACGGCAUGACCAGUGAACCCAGCGAGAAAGCCAAGAUUUUGCAAGAACGGGGUUCCAGGAUGUGAGGAACGCAGUGUUGACUGCUGAAGGAAGAAACGUUUUACCUUUUCGUAAGAUGCAACGAACUGCCAUGUCGAGGAAGCUUGGCCGUGAGAAGAAACCUGCUUUUGACAAUUUCUCGAGAUCUGGGUUUGAAUCCUUUUUUGCCUCUGAGGUGGGUGGUGAGAGACAGGACCAGCUGUCCGAGGCUUGGCGUCCGCACUCGGAGGAGGCGUGCUGGCCAGGUGGGCGUCCCCGUGGGGCCUCCGCUUGGUUUUUCCAAGUGCCACGUGGGCCUCAGGCAGGACGCUUCUGACCACCCCUCUAAUCACCGAAGAUCAUUUCAAGGACAGCGUUCUUGGUGCUACAGAAACAGUCUGUAAUGGAGCCUGGGCCUUGCUGGUGGGAAGUGGCCGCGGUGCUGGGGCCCCGGGCACCGGGUACUGCUGGUCACCCGCACGCGCACCAGGCCGUGGUCCUCGGGUCAGGGAGUCUGCUUUGCCUCCUGGCGUGAUCUGUCGGCAGUCUCUCGAAGCCUCGGUGGGCGGCUCCUGGCAGAGGCUGCCUCUGCGUUCACUACUGCCCGGGCCUCCGCCCCGAGGCUGGGCCUCCUUCAGAGCCAGGCUCCCCUGUCGGGAACAGUCAAGGCUCCUCCAUUUGUGUUUGCCAGGCAAGAGACCUUGCACCCAUCUUUUCCAGUGUGGAGACUACCCAAUGUUUUUACAUUUUAGAAAUGUGGCUGCAUUGUGGAUUGAUCUGUUAAGUAUUUAAAAGGAGGUACAAGUUUUAUCUCAUCUGUCCCACCCACGGGCUCGUGGGGGAGCUGGCGCCCUCAGUGCCUUUGUCUUGCCUGGCACAGCGAGGGGCGGGAGGCCUGUCCACUGGCUCCUGGAGCUGCAACUCCGGGUCCUACUGAAACUGGGAUGUUUACAGGGCAUCACCGGUCUCUCUCCUGCUGGCCCCUCGUUUCUCUGUAUAACUAUGCAGUUCUCUGAGAUUUCUGGGAUGUCUGAGACUUCACACACCGCCUGCACAGGCUCUGCCCGCCUGUGACACGCCAUUGCAGCCGCCAGGAGUCCUGCAAACUCGUGUCCGCAUGCUUUGAGAGCAGGCCGCUCUCAGCUGGUCGUGGGCACUGUCAGAGUCGGGGGCCAGGCUCAGAUGAGCAGCCUUCUGCCUCCUGCCUGCCGGGGCUGCCCGCACAUCUGCAGAGGCUCUGACAGGGCGAGUUACAAAUGCUUCCGGAGGCUUCUCACCUGUGCCCUUUUCUUUGCCAAUAACCUGAUUAACAAAGUUCUCUGGCACCCAGGACUUACUCCUCCUUUUUGUAAGGUCUGUUGUAUGUUGGUAAAUGUUUGGCUUCAUGUGUUGACAGCAACCUUUCCAUCGGGCACACAGCCCCCGUGACCUGUUCUCCCAGGAAGAGGGUGCCCCUAGCUGGCCUCAGGUGUCCCCAUGGGGCGCUGUUGGCCCCUUAGCAUCGUUUGAUUUGUGACCUUGACAUAAUAGAUAGGCUUGUGAUUUUUUUAAUUUAAAGAUAUUAAAACUUAAUUCACUAAAAUUUAUUCAAAGGGGAUAUUUAUACUUUUGUACUUUUUUAGGUAUCCGUAUUUUAUCAGCUUACAGUUUUAAUGCCUAAGUUUCCCCUGAAAAUAGCAAAUAAAGUUGUGUAUUUAUGAAUGA